UGUGCUAAAAUACGCCUGUCGCGUCGGAUCUAUCCCUCUGCGCUAACCUCCACGAGGUGCUUAUAGCACACCUCUCCGGCGCCAAUUUUUUUUCCCAUCUAACCUCGCGAAAGAUAUGUCUCAGCUUUUCUUCUUUCUGUGAAUCCUAAAUUUGAAGAAUACAACGAUUUGCUGAUUUCAAUUUCGUCACUCAGGCCAGGUUGCGAAGUGUGGAAUGGCAUCUGUGUCCACUCAGCCCCAGUUCCGCUACACCCAACCCCCUUCUAAGGUACUCCAUUUGAGAAACCUGCCAUGGGAGUGCAUAGAGGAGGAAUUGAUCGAACUGGGAAAGCCAUUCGGUAAAGUUGUCAACACAAAGUGUAAUGUUGGAGCGAACCGAAAUCAAGCUUUUAUUGAAUUUGCAGAAUUAAAUCAAGCUAUUGCAAUGAUAUCAUAUUAUGCUUCAUCCUCGGACCCAGCUCAGGUACGAGGGAAAACCGUCUACUUACAAUAUUCCAACAGGCAAGAAAUAGUAAACAGCAAAACUACUGCAGAUGUAGCUGGAAAUGUAUUGCUGGUAACAAUUGAGGGUACUGAUGCUCGCCUUGUUAGCAUUGAUGUCUUACAUCUGGUGUUUUCAGCAUUUGGGUUUGUGCAUAAGAUUACAACCUUUGAGAAGACAGCUGGAUUCCAGGCUUUGGUGCAAUUUUCUGAUUCAGAAACUGCCUCUUCUGCUAAAGAUUCUCUUGAUGGUAGAAGCAUUCCCAGUUAUUUAAUUCCAGAUCUGGGACCAUGUACUCUUAAGAUUACGUAUUCUGCACACACAGAUUUGAGUGUGAAAUUCCAGAGUCACCGUAGCAGGGACUACACUAAUCCUCACCUUCCUGUCGCUCCUUCAGCUAUAGAUGCAAGUGGUCAGUUCAGCUUGGGUUUGGAUGGGAAAAAACUAGAUCCUGAGAGUAAUGUUUUACUCGCUUCCAUUGAGAACAUGCAAUAUGCCGUCACUUUGGAUGUUUUGCACACGGUCUUCUCUGCUUUUGGUCCAGUCCUAAAGAUUGCCAUGUUUGAUAAGAAUGGAGGAGUUCAGGCUUUGAUUCAGUAUCCUGAUGUUCAGACUGCUGUUGUUGCCAAGGAAUCCCUGGAAGGACACUGCAUAUACGAUGGAGGGUUUUGUAAGCUUCACAUCUCAUAUUCACGCCAUACUGAUCUCAGUAUAAAGGCUAACAACGAUCGCAGCAGAGAUUAUACAAUCCCAAAUGCUCCUAUGUCGAACUCCCAACCAUCAAUUCUAGGACAGCAACCGCAUCAAAUGAUAGGACCCAGUGCUCAUCAAUACCACGGAGCCCAGUUUGCUCCAGCUCCCGAAGUGCUUGCAGGUCCUCAUGCCUCAGCAGGAUGGGGUCCCCUUGGCCCAGCAGUACCUCAGUCCAUGCCCAUGCAGUUGCAUAAUCACCAUUAUAUGUCACCUGCAACCAUGCCUCCUGGAAUGGUCCCUGGGAUGAUGCAAUUGAAUAGCCAGAAUGGCCCCCCACAUGCAUCGAUGCCCCCUUAUCGGCCCUGAUAUCUUCUCUUGGAAUUUGUCUCCAGUAUCAGUUCUUUUUUCGGUGACAUGCAAUCCGGAAGGUGGAUGUCCUCCAACCGAAUUGCCUGCUGGUGUCGGGCAUUUUCAAAGUUCAAAUUGCUCCUUUUUUAAAAAAAGGGAGAAAUUGAAAGUGAGAUUUUCAGUGGAGGCGGCUUCAAAACUAUCUCAAGGCGUACUACAACGCUUAGAACUAUGAACAUCAUGGUAAUGUAUAUUAUCUUGAUACUUCCUGUUGUGAUUCUUGGGCUAAACACUGACCCUGCUUAGAUGAUUGUAAAUUUUAUGUUCUUUUCGCGUUUCA